CCCCCCCCAAAUAUUACCCAUAACCUCACUCUACAUAUUCCCGUCGUCGUCCUGCUCUAAAAUAUUAAUAUUAAUCGUAAUCUAGUGCCCAUCGCUUCCACACCUCCCAAGAAAAAAUCCCCAAACUCUCAAACCAGUCUCCAACCUUCCCGACAGUUAAUUAUCCUCAGUCUCGCUCCUCCUCCGGAAAAGCUUUCUUUGAGUCGGCUCUUCGCUUCCUGUUCCUGCACACAUCGCAACUGUCGUCUCGUUGCUCCGUUCUCUCACCGCCUCUCAUCCCAAAAACGUCUAACCGUCCUAUCCAACCAUAUCGAAUACGACUACGACUACCCCUUAGUGCGUCAACUCGAACUUGCCAACUUUCACUCACCACUCGCUCGCUCCCUCCCACUGCCCACCCACGGACCUGUCGAUACCACCCACUACUCCCCACCUCCCCACCCCACCAACCUCAGUGCCCCCGUGUUCGCGACAAUAGUUCGCGACCAUGACUGAAGUUCUUACGGUGCCGGCCCAGCUGGACAGUUACUAUCGUUCUUCGUCGCCGAGAUGUCGCUCCCCACAGCAGUCGUAUACACCACCAUACGAUGAGACCACGAUUCCGCGUUCGCAGCCAGACGACUCCUUCAAGGCUUUUUCGGUUACUCGCCAGCUUUCGCCUCCUCCGUCGUCCAUCUCGUCGCCGGAACUGUCGAGCAUUGCGUACUCGAGACACUCGUCGUCCUCGUCGUCCGUCGCCAGCAGCAUAUGUCUGGAUUCCUCGGAACAGGAGGACCCAAUGUUCUUCCCCGUGUACAACUUCGGUACCGCCCUGCCAUCACCGUCGCCAUCACCGGAACCCCAGCAAUCCUCAUCCGAAGAGGAGAUUGAGACCCUAGAGCCGCAGUCACAGCAGCAGCAGACCCCAGAUUCGGAUGACCAGAUGCCACGGCCGAGGCCUGCGGACGACACGUGUGUGAGGACAGAGCCAUCACGGCACGUUGACUAUCUGUCUCAUGACUGGAGGGAGGAGGAUAUCUGGGCAUCUUGGCGGUACAUGGUGCGCAAGAGGAACGUCCACAGCAAUUCGGCACGACUGGAGAAUGCGUCGUGGCGAACAUGGGGGAAGAAGAAGUACAGGCUGAAGACUGUCUCCGCAGACAAGUUGAACUGGUUGAAGGAUUGCGAUGUUACUUGGCUCUACGGACCGCUGUCUGUGGGUGCGGAAACUCUCACGGCACAUGUCCCUCCAUCACCAGCUGCGUCACCCGCGGAAGCAAAACUGCCACGUAACGAUUCCUUCUACAAGACGAAACCGAUCCUGAAGAAGCGGAGUAUGUCGGAGAUCAUGCUUCAGAAGUCGCGGUCGACGUCGAGCCUGCUCAAGCAGGCGACGGCGGCCAUCGCUUCGCAACAGUCCAACCGGCUUUACCCCCCGACACUUGUGAGCCGCGCGAAUUCGGAUUUCGGUUCUUCGUACGGUUCGCGAAUCAGUCCCGCCGCCCCCAGCGAUAUCACAUCGGCCGUUUCGACCGGCUGCCAAUCGCCCUCGGCCAAGAAACAUAUUCACUUCAACGACCAGGUCCAGCAAUGCAUAGCCGUGGAGACGGACGAUGACGACGAUGAUUACGACGACUACAUGUACGGGAGGAGGUACGACGCGGAUGAUAGUUCGUCCGACGACGGGAUCGUGAUGAUGGCUCGCAAGGGAAGCAAGGAUAGCAACAAGGGGGGAUCCAGCGAGCCACAGACAAUUGCGCACCUUCCUUCGACUACACUUAAAUACAAAGAGGAGCCGCCAAAGAAGAAGACUGGUUCCUUCCUGUCGUUGAACUCGUUCUUCAAAGCGGCGGUCCCCGCCGCCGCCCCUACCCCAACACCGGCCCCAGCAAAGAAGUCAUUCGCUCUGGACGACGAUGACGAUAUGGCUGGUUUGGAUUGGGAGCCCAACGGAGGAGGCUUUUCACUGCCGUCGUUCGGCAACAGCAACAGCGGCAGUUUACCAGCGGGAAACACUCCGAAUACCGACGACUUUCAGUUACCGAAUUUCAAUUCCUGGGAGGACGAUGAGCUGGAGACCGGACUUUUCGGAAGGGCCGUUGAUGCCGUUAACACAGCCCGAGAUAUCGCCCAUGUUCUUUGGAAUGUGGGAUGGCGAAGAUAAGGAAUCUGGCGGGCAGGGAACAAGGUUGAGAUUUCUCGGCCCUUCUAGGGGAAUGGGGGCGGUCCUGAUUUUUUUUCUUUCUUUUUUUUCUU